GUUUCUUCGUCGAGUUCCAAAUGUGUAACUACGAAUAACUUGAACAACUCAACCCGCCUUUCAAAUCGAAGUCAAUUCCUUUACAGCCUUGUUGGCUAAUAAUGACAAUAGAGAGUGUCUAGAAACGAUGCUCUUGUUUACUUGUUGAACCAUUGUAAUUCUUCAACACAAUGAAUUAUACCUGUCCUUUAUAGCGCUGUCUCCCAUAUUAAGUCCUACUUUCUUCAUAUUCCACCGAGUACGAUUCGCUCCCAUACACUACCAUACAAUCCCAAUAUCCCGAGUUUUCGACAUACCAACGUUAAACGCUCAGCCAAGUACUAAGUGAAAGUGCUUUACUAUAUGACAUAAAUUUCGAGGUGCGACUAUAGCUGCGUCCGACCCUAUAUCCCGAGGUAGCAACCUACUGACGACAUGAUUCCUUCCGUCACCUCGCAAGCCACGCAGGUGGCUUUGCUAGAAUGGGCCAAUUCGAUGCUCGCAAAGCUACUGCCUGGCCAGAAUCGAGACAUCAAGGUCAAGAAACCCGAUGAUCUUUUCGACGGUGUUGUUUUCUCCGCGCUGCUCGAAAUUCUAGACGAUGAAUAUAACCCCUCGAGAUUUCAACAAAGCCUCGCCGCCACAUCGACCGAUAGCGAUAUGACCCAGGGCCGAAAGCGAUACCUCCAUAUCAUCCACUUGGGUCUCAAAGAUAUCGCGCGACGACAUGCCCCUAAGAUCGAGCCCCUUAUCGACUUGGUCGAUUUUCAGGCACUAGCUUGGGAACCUACCAAAAUAGACAUGUUCGAGAUUUUGGUCCUCUUCGUAUGUGCUGCUUGCUUACGUGAAGACGACAACAGUCGGUACAUCACGUUAGUUACGCAGCUAGACGAGAGGGUGCAACAGGGAAUUUUCCGGAUUAUCAGCGAGAGCAAAACCAAGCUUGACCAGCUCGAGGAGGCCGCCGAUGAUGAUAUCGAUGCGAACCUCGAUGAUCUUGCGCAAGAAGCCGCCUUGGUGAAUCAACACCAGAAACUACAAGAAGAUGUGCAGGAGGCAACCAGACAAGCGAGUCUCUUAAAGGUACGAUUGGACCGCCUUCAGGAUAACUAUGACGAGCUUCUAGAAAAGCAUUCGAAACUUCAAGAAGAAAAUGAGCAUCUGCAUAGGCAGAUUGACUCGGAAGUUAGCAACUUUAACAAGCACCAUAUCCAGCGCCAACUAAAAGAGAACGAGUCAAUCAUCGCGAACUUGGAGAAUGAGAGGAACUUUUUGGUCGAAGAGAGGGAUCGACUUUUGAAGGAGAAAAUUCGCCUGGAGCAUGUCGCACAGAAAGCAGAGGCACUAGCCGACGAGAACCAAGAACUCCGCUCUAAAAAUGAGGAUCUUUCUAAGAAGGCUAACAUGGCCGACAAUUUGAGGAAGAAGCUAGAGUCGAUGAAGUCGGUAGAGUUGGAGCUCAAAGCGCUACAUAGCGAACGGGUUGACACAGCUAAGCUCCUAGAGCAACUUGAAAUCUCUACGAUGAGGAUAGAGGUCUACAAGAAAGAAGCGGAAAAAUAUGCCGAACAAUUCCAGAAGUAUGAAGAAGAAGUCGCUAGCUUCGGAGACCAGAAGAUCAUGUACACAUCGGAGAUUAACGAGCUGAGAGGCCGCAUCGAGGGUUUGCAGGCCCGAAGCCAGACGGAUGAGGCUAUCGUUAAAGAUCUGCAGGAGAAGGUAAUGAUGCUCGACCCCACGGCCGCUCCGAGUACGCCCUUGGGGCACCAUCCAACUUCCCUUGAAGACGAGCUGAAUGAAUCUGGCAAUGCCGCGUCGAUGAGGAACAUUGAAAUUCAGCGCCUCCAAGCGGAGAAUGCUGUUCUUAGGAGUACCAUAGGUACGGAAACAGAAAAAGGUCAACUCAUCCAGGAGAUGGAAGAUCUUCGUACUUCUCGACAAACCCUGCAGGAUAAGUAUAACGAUAUUUUCGAGAAGUAUACCGUCGGUCAACACCAACUGGAUGCACUUAUCCAGAACAUGGGUAAAGAUGGAGAGGAAGCGUAUUCCAACCUCCGGACGCAGGUCCUCGCCGAGCAAAACCGUUCCAAGCAACUCGAGCGACAACUAGAAUCUACGAACCAGAAACUUGCCGACAAAGAACGAGCUCUCUUAGAGUUGCAAGGUGAUUUUGACGCUGUCGAGAAGUCUAGCCAGGAGGCACUCGCAGAGCUUAAGAGAACGGAUGGCAUGCUUGCUAUUUCCCUCCGCGCCGAGCUCGAAGCAGAAAGGAAUAAACACAAGUCGCUAAGAGAAGAGUUCGAAAACCAGCGGUCGCAACUCUUGACGGCAUUCAUCGAGAAAGACCAGCUGCGACGCGAGGCCGAAGUAGCUAACCGCGAGAUGCAGAGGGCCGCAGACGGGCUCUCCGUCAACACGGAUAGUGCUAAGCAAUCCGAGAAAAUGGAGAAGCUGCGGGCACGAUACAAGCAGCUACAACAGCAGUAUGAGCAGUCCGAUGUCAAGAACCGUGAGUUAGAGCGGACACUGAAAGCUGUCCGUGCUGGAUCGGAAGCCGGUGUCCAGAAGGCACGAACCGACCAGAUCAUCAAAAACUUACAACGCGAAAACGCAAUGAUAUCUACUGCAUGGUACGACCUCACUAGCAGGUUACAGAGUACUCACGUCGUACUGCAGCGGCGACAAGACGCUCCUCGGAGCUGGCUGAAUAAACAGAGGCAGAUGGUGAAUGCUACGCCUCGGAAGUAGGGUCUUAGUGCGUGACACAUGCCGCCUUAUAUAAACUUAUGACUCCCAAGAUUAACCUUUUCUUCCUUUUCAAGUUGUUGCUGGCAGAGCCAAAUGCGCUGACAUUGCCUUUGGACAUAUGUGGCGGGGGGUCUGUUCUUCUUGUCCUCUUCCGCCUAUAUGUUAAGCUCUUUUUCAGUCUGUCUUACAAUGUAGUGACUACCGUCACUUUCCCCUUUUGCCCCACCACUUCUCAGAACAGCAUUUCUUUUUAUAUUGGCAGGUAUAGUCACGGCAAUGGGUGGGUGUCCUUGAUGAUCGACCGGGCAUGCGGCAUAUAUGUCUUUUCGUGCGUACCUAGAUUAUACCCACUUUAUUAUAGGUAGUCGGGCGGUGGACGCAUUCGAGAGAGGAAAGUCUAAGGGACUAGGGUCACGAUGUCUUGAAUAUGGGAAUUUGGUAGCAUUGACGACGCAAGCUCGUACAUCAGACGCAAUAAAUAAAU